UGCAGACAAGUGUCUCUGUCAGUCAGAGAGACUUUCUCAGCAAAGCCUCUACAGAACAGCGUGUGGACAUGUCUGCUGCCAGCUGUCUGCUGUCUGAAGACCAGUUUCUGUGCUCCAUUUGUCUGGAAGUGUUCACAGAUCCAGUCAGUACACCAUGUGGACACAACUUCUGCAAGAACUGCAUCACUCAGCACUGGAACAGCAGUCCUCUGUGUCAGUGCCCCGUUUGUAAAAGGAAGUACUACACAAGACCUGAGCUCCAUGUCAAUACUUUCAUCUCUGAGAUGGCUGCUCAGUUCAAGCUGUCAGCUCAGCAGGAAGCCAGCAGCAGCAGCAGCAGCAGCAGCACGAGGAGAUCAGAGCAACAGUCUGCUAAACCAGGAGAAGUUCUCUGUGAUGUUUGUACUGGGACCAAACUGAAGGCUCUGAAGUCCUGUCUGGUGUGUCUGACCACCUACUGUGAGACUCACCUGCAGCCUCAUCAGACUGUUUCAGGCCUAAAGAGACAUCAGCUGAUCGACCCUGUUAAGAGCCUGGAACGAAGGAUAUGUUCAAAACAUGAUAAACCGCUGGAGAUGUUCUGCAAGACCGAUCAGAUGUGUGUCUGUGUUGUGUGCUCUGUUUCAGACCACAAGUGCCAUGAUGUUGUUCCUCUGAAAGAGGAAUACAAAGUGAAGAAGGCAGGGCUGGUGAAGAAACAGGCUGAACUUCAAGGAAUGAUCCUCAAGAGACUGGAGAAGAUUCAAGAGGUUAAACGCUCUGUGCAGCUCAGUAAGGAAGAGGCAGACAGAGAGCUGGAGGGGGGUGUUCAGUUCUUUGUUGAUUUGAUGGAGUCUAUAGAGAGAGGUCUGAAUGAGCUGACAGAGGCGGUCAAAGAGAAGCAGAGAACAGCAGAGAAACAGGCUGCAGACGUCAUCAAGGAGCUCGAGCAGGAAAUCUUUGAGCUGACGAAGAGAAGCUCUGAGAUGGAGCAACUCUCCAGCUCAGAAGACCACCUCCAGUUCAUCCACAACUUCUCUUCUGUGAAAGCUGUUCCACCCACUAAAGACUGGACCAACACCAGUAUCCAUCCACCUUCAUAUGAAGGGAUGGUGGUGAGAGCUGUGAGUCAGGUGGAGAAGAAGCUGAAUGACCAGAUGAAGAGUCUGUUUGAGGACGAGCUGAAGAGAUUCCAGUGGUACAGAUGUUAUGCCAUGCUUGAUCCUGAUACGGUCCACCCCAGACCCCCCCAGUAUAAAGGGAAUGAUUGUAGAUGUGUGUUAUCAAAUCUGGGUUACUCUUCUGGAAGAUUUUAUUUUGAGGUCAAGGUUGACAAGUGGUCUACAUGGACCUUAGGAGUGACCAGGAAGGAUAAUGUGAAAGGACAAGUCCAGCUGAGUUCUAGCAACGGUUUCUGGACUUUAUGUUUGUGCUCUGAUGGGUAUGUAGUUUCCACGGAGCCGGCAGUCCACCUGUCCCUGAGGUCGAAGCCUGUGAAGGUGGGCGUGUACGUCCACUACGACGAGGGUCUGGUCUGCUUUUAUGACGUCAGCACUGCAGCUCUUAUCUACUCCUUCUCUGACUGCUCCUUCACUGAGAAGCUCUACCUGUUCUUCAGUCCCUGUUCCAAUGAUGGUAAUAACAUCCACACUGGUGGGUUCGGCUGCGUAAUACAAUAACCAGAAUGAUAAUGAUGUGCACACCUUUUUCAUAUUUAUCAACUUUUUCAAGAUUUUGUGUCAUAAUCUUUUUUUAUGAUGUACAAACACUUCCUUUAAGCUCCUAAGACCCAAACUCCAUCAUGGCAUUAAUUUUGAAUUUCUC